UCCCAUAUUGCUUUCCCGUCAAAACGCAAAAGUCCUUGUCCCUUGAAUAAAACCCUUCGCGUCCGUCGAUACUUAUUUCACCGAUCAUGGCUGGAUUUCUCCACAAUUGAUUUUCUAAUCAGUGUACACGUGAUAUUUUAUACGGAUAUUUAUUAUGCGAAUCGACGGACGCGAAUUACUGCACUUAUGAGCAAGAGAAUCCUUCCCGGGACCCGGGUGCAAACAUAACCAAAAAAAGGAUGUCACAAUACAUGAAAUCUUUGCAGUUCGGCUAUUUAAGCAACAAAGAGAAAGAAGAUUUUUUCCUCUCCGACGAUGAGGAGGACGAUUUUAAUUUCAAGUAUAUUCCGUCGAGUCAGUUUAAGCACAUAGUAAAAGACGUGAAAAGGCAGAAAAUUAAAACCGACGAAGAAAAUGCGUGGGCCUCCUUCGUCCAGCAACAAGAUGCAGAAAAACUGUAUCACCGAUUGAAAGAAAUCGAUCCAAAAUUACAAAAUGUUAAUCGCCGUGGCUUUGAAAGUGUGGAGGAAGUAGACCGAGAACUUCAGCGUUUGGAAGAAGACGCACUUCCGGAAAUAAAUAAAAGAACCAACAAAGGGGAAUACGAGAUCCGAGAUCGACUGAUAGAUGACAAAAUCCUGAAGAAAAUUCCUCUAAUGAAAGACAGUGGCACAGGCAGUACAAAUUUUCUUCUCACAAUUCCCGAAGAGGACUUUCUCUCCUCAAGUUUCGAUAGAACUGCCGAGGCAAAACCCCGGGGCAAAAACAACUCGAGAAAAUCAUCAUCUGCUCGUGCUUUUCGACCGAGAAAGGAUGAUUCGAAACAAUUGACUCGUGCAAUGAACGACCUGGAUUACAGUUCCAGUCCCGAAUUGAGUCCGGAUCGACUCACGGACAGAGAAGAGAUAAUGUACGUGAGACCCGAUCCAGUGAUAGCCGCUAAAAUCGUAGGAACGCAGAAAAAAAUUUCCGAAGUGCUGGACGAAAUUGCCCACAGACUUGGAAGAAUUCCGCUUCCUGAUGGCGAUCGAGAUCUUUACAGACGGCAACAGCGCGUCAUGGAAUUCUCCAUCAGAUUUGCGAGAAAUUACUUGUAUGAUUUGGGGAGGCAAGUUGCGGAUAUUCGAAGACAUGUGAAUGCUAUUUCCCCGAGUUUUAGGAAAAAACUGGGCAGAAGGGGUGUUGUUUUUCAUAUUCAGGCGAUUGAACAGAAACUGUCGACUGCUCAUCAGCUUCUGCUGCACGCGCUGAGUGCAUAUUGCAAGCAUAUUCCCAGCUCGGUACUUAAAGGACAUCCGGGAAAGCUCAGGGAAAUUCUCCAAGUUGUCAUUGAUCUCAAAGAUUUUUGCGAGAAAAUUCAUCUGGCUCCGGAUUACGUCGGUUCGGGAGAUAUGGAAGGACUGCCUCUGGGAAAGGACACAGACAACAGAUGCAGUGCAAUUUUGUCCAAAUUGCGACUUACUUCUGACAAUGAGUCGCAAAUUUUGACUCAUACAACCCGGUCGACUUUGGCAACUGCUGCAAAUACAAUGCGAAGUAAAAGAAGGAGUAUUCGAAAACAAGUGACAAAUCGUCUCAGUAUGUACAAUGUAAACAUGGAUACACGGUUGCCCAAAAGUCAGCCGAACAGAAAAACAAUAGGCCUUUCACAAAAGGAAAAGAAGCGAAAUAGCAUAAGUAAUUUAAAACCAAUUUACAAUAAUCGACCGCAAACACCUGAGUUUCUACAUCCUAGUCCUGUUACUCAUAAGUCUUCUAAAGAGGUGAUUAGAAACGGAGUGACAAAAAUUAGCAUACCACCGAAAGAGGACGAUAUUAAAACGAUGAUGGAAAUUAUUGUGUCGACUGAUUCAGACGCAGGUAGUAGUAUCGAAACACACAGGAGGUUUGAAAACCUCUGCUUGGAUCAACAAUCUAAAGUUCAGAGACUUUCUGCAAGAUCUCACAAUUUUCAAAAUUCCGAAAAGUGCAGUAAAUUCACUUCUCUUCCAAAUGAAAAAGAAUUAACUAAGAAAGUUACUCAGAUUACUGAAGAACACUUGUCUAAUUUAGUGCCCGUAAUAGCAGAUUUAAUGUCCCUUAUUGGGCGUAAUCCGAACGAUUCAGAAAACAGAUCAUUCUCGUCAGUGCCUAUGGAAACUCUUUUGGAAAUUAUUCAAAAGCACCAGAAGAACAAUAAUUCGAAAGGGAAUUUGAGAAAAAGUGAUGAGUGUCAAUCCCCGACUUUAGGGAACGUCAAUGGAAUGCGAACAGGGUCAAAAAAUAUGCAAUUGAUUUGCUUGAGGUCGGCAGACGAUAAGAAAGAAGAACCCAGAUUUAUCGAUGCAUCGUGUCAAGCCAAUGAGGAUCAGAGACAUAAAUCUUUUAUAAAAGAUGGUCUAAUCGAGCUGAGAUUUUCUGAAGAUCUUGAAAUGCAUCUUCUCGAAUACAGACAUGAGUAUCGAUCAUCAUCUAAAUCUAGUCCAAUGUACUCUAGUAAAUCUCAGAACGAACCUUGGGACGUCGUAGCUUGGAUUGCUGAUAAACUAGUCAAUGAAUUGAUCGUCGAUUUGUCAAAUGAACUGCAGAUGGAUGACGUGAUAAACAAGUUAUUCGAGCUAGAGUUUCAGGAAUUCUAACUAAUGCGGAUUUCCUUUCAUACGUCGUAAUGUAAAAAUAUAUAUUUAAAAAAAUGCGUUUGCGAGGAAAGGAUGUACAUUUCUGAUGAUUUAUACCUUGAGCGUAAUGUUUAUUGUAAAUAAACAAUUAACAUUUUUAAUAUGUA